AUGAGAAUGGAGAACCUCUGUACCCAGAAUACAUGCGUAUGGAAAUACCCCCAGCUUUACUUCGUUGAUCUCAACUUGAAGGGCUCAUUUCAAGUUGGAUCGUUCAACGCGCUAAUUUUCAUAGCAUUCUAUGAUCCCCUUGAGACAGUGGAAGAUAUUGGAACUUUUGACCACUUUGAUCCUGGUCACCGCGCUGAUCCCAAGAUGCCCAAUCUAUUGAAAAGUGUCACUAAGAUGUGGGAUAUUUCACCGCAUGUUGGAACUGAGAUCCAUGGGGUUCAACUUUCCACACUGAACAGUGCGGGCUUGGACGAAUUGGCUCUUCUGGCAGCCCAACGAGGCGCCUUGGUUUUCAGAGACCAGGAUUUUAUCAACAUAGGCUUCGAAAAACAAAAGGAAAUUGUUCGUCAUUUUGGUCCACUUCAUAUCCAUGGAUGGGCCCCUCAUCCCGCCGCCGGGUCGGAAGAGCAUAUGAUCAUUUACGACCACAAGGAUGACCUUCGUGUGCGCCAAUCAUGGGCCGGUCGGAGCCCUGUACAAUGGCACACUGACCAAAGUCCAGAGAAACAGCCCCCUGGAACAACAUUCAUUGCUAUGCUUGAAUCUCCAACUACCGCUGGUGGAGAUACGCUUGUGAGCUCAAGUGUCAGAGCAUUCAGUAGCUUAUCGCCCCGAUUCCGCAAGCGUCUAGAAGGUCUUACUGCAAUUCAUAGCAACAACGAUGGCGUCAGCGCAGAGCUGAAACAUGGCAAGAAAGCGGUUAUGCGGCGAGGGGUUCUUCAAGCUGAGCAUCCUAUCGUGCUUGUGCACCCUGUUACAAAGCAGAAAGCAUUAUAUGUCAACCCGGUGUAUACGAAAAGGAUUGUUGGAUUUGACCAGGAGGAGUCCGAUUGUAUCUUGAAAUUCCUUUUCGAUCAUAUUGCAAAGAGGCAAGACUUCUCUUGUCGGAUUAGGUACGAAGCAGGUACCGUGUUGGUAUGGGAUCAGCGAGUCACCAACCACUCUCAAACUCUGGAUUAUCCUGUUGGGCACAGAAGACACGGAUUCAGACUGACACCGCUUGCCAAUAAACCACUUCCAGCGAAGAUAGAAGAUAAUGAUGGAGAAUGCGCAAGAGACGAGGCUCGUGUACAGCUA